UUUACAUGUUUACCGGAUUGUUUGGACGGAAGCUCGUGCGUUUUGUGAAGAGAAAAAAAUAUCAAAGUGUCUGCACGAAGAUGGCCCUAAACACGAGUUUGAUACGUGGGAAAAUAGAAAAGAAGAAGUUGAAACGACAAACGUGUGCCCAUGACGAAUGCGAUUUGCCGGAUCAAACAAUGGCCUCUAAUCGAAAAGAAACGCUACAGGAAGUAGCAUUCAAGACUAUUGAAAUGCCACAAGAAAUUGUGCUAAAUUUAAUCAGCAGUGUAGAAAAAAAUAAUUGCCUUUGGGACAGGAGCGAUAGCAAUUAUAAAAACCGCAACAAGCAACUCGAUGCUUGGGAGACGAUUGGGCAAUAUCUUGGAAUUCCAACCGCCACUGUACGAGAGAAGUGGCGGUCACUCCACGGAUCCUACAGGCACUACAAGAAGCUUGGGAGACGAUUGGGCAAGAUCUUGGAAUUCCAACCGCCACUGUACGAGAGAAGUGGCGGUCACUCCACGGAUCCUACAGGCGCUACAAGAAGCUCUAUGAGAGCAGCCUUGUGACCGGUUCUGGAUCUGCCGAGGUUUAUCGACCCAAGUGGUUCGCUUAUGAAGCAAUGGCAUUCCUCCAAGCAACUACAGAGGGUGGCGCAAGGAUGGAUACGUUGGAAGACAACACGCUACCAGUACUUGCUCCCAAGCGUGGUUGGUAUGAAGCCAAUUUGAAAUACAAUGAGGAAGUGUUGGCGGCGCUAACGAAUGUUUCGCAAACUUCUAUGGAAUUGCGAUCGGCUGGGGAGGAGAAUAAAUUGGCACCACUGUACGCUGGUAUGCUGGAUUGUUCGCCGAAGCGACAGAAAGCGAUGAUAGUGAGAUUCCAGUGCAUGAUUGCAGAAGAGAAUGUUGCGCGCUUCGUUGAGAAAGAAGGCUACGAUCCUCGGGAAUAAAAUGAUAAGACUCAUGUCAAUCACGGAGCUUGGCUUCAUCAGAAUAAUCUGCAUUUUUAGGAUUGUGCCAAUGCGCGAUGAAUUUCCGUUCUUUUUCUGCAUUUGAUAAAUAAAUCGCUAUUGCCUUUUU